CUUCAAACAUGUUGGCGUCCUAUUCCCUUCCUGUUACUCGUGAUGAAACUGUGAAACCUUUGCUCACAUUGGAUCAGACCUAUAUUAUCUUUGACAUCGACCGUAAAGACGACGCAUCUGAAGUGAUACGUAUCAGCAAAGCACCACGAGUUUCAAAGAUAGCCUUCCGUUUCCAGACAAAUGCGCCCACUCGCUACAUUGUCCAGCCAAGUUCUGGCAUACUUACCGACUGCAAUCCCCUCCCUGUAAAAAUUAUCUUGUAUGGAAAUCGCUACAAUCCCAAUCAUUUGCUUUUGCUACAAGCUGUAGAAGUGCAAGGAAGUGAAGAUCGUAGAAAUGUUUGGCAGAGUUUGAAAAUGGAAAGCAGAAGCGUGUAUACAAUUCGUUUUCAACUUGGCACUACUGUUUUGGGCAUCAGUCAAAUACUGAAUUUUGACGACACUGAAAGCAGAAAAGUUCAGCAAGGAAUUUUACGUGUUCUACGCUUGAGUCGUAAAGUUGGAGCGCCAAAAGUUCGUGAACUUGAAUCAUUGUUGGAGAUGCUAAAAGGAGACGAAGAAAUCCUUAAAAAUAAUGUGGAUCAAACAAUGAAGAUAAAAAGCAUAAUAAAAGCUCAGCUGGAGCAAAGAAAAAAAACAUCCGCUGACCUUACGACAAGACUAGCGGACAUUGAAAGAGAAUGUGACGCACUCAAUAGAAAGAUAGGAGAAGAUCAAGCUGAACUUCAGAAAAUAUACGACAACUUUCGUCUACCUGCCCCAGCCACUAAGUAGGAUUUUCAUCGCAGAAGACAUCAUAACAAAAC